GCAAUCGUAAACCUCUCAGUCUCCUAAUCACUUUCUCUGGUACCUUUCUGAAGAAGCAGUAUGGAGUUACGUCAGAGCACCGCGCAAAUGUGCAGGCCAAGCAAAUAAGCGGCUACGGAGCUAAUUGUAGGCAUUGCUGCUAAACCCGUAAGGCGUCUCACUCCUGUGCAAUCAAUGCUUCAAACUUGCUGUACAAAACUUAGAAGCGGCAUGCAUUACAUGUCUUUUUUGCUUUGGAAUGUUUGUGCUGGGAGAAUUGGACCUUAAUCCUUUGAUGUGCGGCAGCCGGUGUAGUUAGGUCAAAUUCAAAUUUUUAAAUUCAAAAAUUCGAAUUCUACAACAAAGCAACGCGCCAGACUGAAGCCCCGAUACACGAUGAGGAUUCUGCGCGUCUCAGCGGACAGAGUGACAUUUUUUAUCAUCACUUUUGAGUAGAUCUUUCUGAUAUUUCUGCUCUGAAAUCAACAUGCCUCACACUCGCAAUAGGAACCCGAGUCCAAUCCCAGACGUGACAUGGGACACUGGAUUGAAAGAGAUGAACGAGACACUGAAGGGGGCUAUUGCCUGUUUGGGAGUUGCUGUCUUUUUUGUCAUGACAAUUGGGAUCAUUUAUUGGCAAGUUGUGGAUCAGCCCAACAAGAACUGGAUCCUGAAGGGGAGUUUUAGUGGGCUUAUUUGGGAGAGACGGACGCAAACUCUGGUCAUUCAGACAUUGACUGAGGACAAGACUUUUGCGGAGAUUGACGUGGGGAAUGUGGGGAACCCUGAUAUUGAGGUUCCGUUUGUGAGGAACAUGUGCUGGCUCAACAAAACCGAAUUCUGCUACACGUGGGAUUCGGUCGCAGAGGUGGAGAUAUCUUUGCAAACAGAGGGGGAAUCAGAUACCGAGUGCUACAGUGUAACCUGGACCCCAAUUCACUGUCAUGUGGACCUGAAGGACUGCUUCUCCAUGGUGAAUAUGUCAUGGUACGGAGGUGCCAGUGUCCGUGCGCCCCACUGGCCGAUUAACGAUGCCAACAUUUCUAUGCAACCCUUCAAAGUCAGUGGCCUUCGGGACAGCCCCUCUGGCUUCGGAUCAGUUUUAGAGCGCUACUUCUUGGGAUCUUCAGGUGUGUCAGUUAUAGUGGCCCCGAACAUCCCUCUAUAUGUAGGAAUGGAAAGCAGACAGCAGUUCUGUUUGCAGACGCCCCCAAGUAUGGAGCGCAUGCCUCUGCAGUACACCAUGUGUGUUGGACACAACAUUAAAGCCAUCCAUCAGGAGUCAAUGAAACAGCUCUCAACGGCCAGUCGAGGGCUGCCAAACAUGAAUGUCUUACGGCUACCUUUCUGGAAGCUUCUAGCAAAUGUGGACUCGGAGGCCAAGCUAGAGAGAGAGCUGAGAACUUUCUCAAACCGUCUAAAGAGGCAUCACCUGGGGGAGGGAGUCAUCAGCCUAGAUGAACAUUCCACAGCUCUCCUCUCCAACAUGGACCACAGCUACCUCAAUGGCAAGAAAAGGUCAUCUAAGAGACAGACCAGGGACCUCCCUUUUGUGAAGCUUCUAAACAUUUCCAUCACCCUGUCCCCAUACCUAAGUGUGGACUCCCAGCAGUUCCAGAGCUCCAUGCAGGAAGGCACUGAAGCCUACUGGCUGAGCCUGCCCUCAGGGCCACAGAAUCGACUGGUGCCUCUGUUGACUGAGUGGAAAGGCAAGUACAGUGUGAAGCUGAACAUCACCAACCCUGAUGCCACUAACUGGUUUCUGGACAAAGUGGACAGUUUACAUAGCCAUUUGGGCAUGGAGUAUGUCAUCCUGGAAGGUGGCGAGGGAAACCCUUUCGAGGAACAGGCCCUGCGCCCCCCUCUGUCAUUGGUUGGGGAUGAAUACAUCAGACUCCUUGCCAACCUGGCUGACAGGAUUGGGGAAAAUGUCAUUGUAACCUCAGGAGCAAGGUCCGGCCACAAACCGCUUUUCAUCCGUAUGAAUGCACUACAGUCCGACUGGAGUUACUCCGGCCUUAAGGGUAUCAUUCCAUCCCUACUGCAUCACAGUCUUCUGGGAUAUAAUUUCUUCAUUCCUGAUGCAGUAGGAGGUUCGCUCUCUGCCGAACUUGUCACAGACGACGACCUCUUCAUCCGUUGGCUGGGGAUUGCAGCCUUCCUUCCUGUCAUCAGCUUCCAGACACCUCCAUGGGUCUUUGAGAAGGAAUGGGUCCUAAACCUCACCAGAUUCUACAUUGCCAAGCACCAUGACUUUGUAAUUCCUCUGAUAUUGAAAUAUGCAGAAGAAUGGAAAGCUAAUGGAAACCCCAUCUACAGACCGCUAUGGUGGCUCAGCCCGGAUGACCCUGUCACAUUCACCAUUGAUGAUGAGUUCCUCAUUGGAGAUGAGGUUCUUGUAGCACCAGUGACAGAAAAAGGAGCCUUACAUAGAGACAUUUACCUGCCAGAGAGUGAAUUUCAAUGGCAGGACACAAACAAUGCUCAAGUGUUUGACGGAGGGAUGUUUCUGAAUAGUUACCAGGUUGGCCUUGGGAACGUGCCGGUUUUCGUACGAUGGAGAUCCUGAGGCUUGCUUAUCACUUUUUUUAUUUUUACAGUUUUUAAAGUUUUCACUUGUGCUGAUCUCAAAUUGCACUUUCCACAAAGACCAUUAUCUGUGUAGACUUGAGAGUUGGUAGAUUACAUUUGCACUUUAAAAAAUUGAAGUGUUUUAUAAUUCUUGUGAUUUUUAGAUCCCUCUUGUUUUUAUUCACUAUUUGUUUUGUUGAUUCAUAAUUCUUUUCUUUUUUUUUUCUCAAAAAACAUCUCGGUUACAUAUGUGACCUCGGUUCCCUGAGUGGAAGGGAAUGAGACAUUGCAUCACUAAGAUGACGCUAUGGGGAGUGUCCUUCUCCACGACCUAGUUGAAACCUUUCUACAAUAACGGCAGGAUUGGCUAUGGUGUUUAAGCCCUGCCCUUUCAGGUAUAAAAGCAGGCAUGCAAACACCAUUCCACAGAAUUUUCUGACUGAGAGACAAAGAGCGCAUCGCUCGCACCUCAAAAACCAUGAGUCCAUUGUGCGGCCAGCUUAUGCAAUGUCUCAUUCCCUUCAUCUCAGGGAACCGAGGUUACAUACGUAAUUCCCUUACAGUUCAGUACACUUGACAUUGCUGUCACAAUCACAAGCUGACGCUAUGGGGAAUAGAUACCCAUCACGCCCCAAUACUGCACUACACGACACAACCUUCCCAGAGAGGAAACAUGACACAGCGGUCCAUAUAUAAAGUUCAUAUACAUAUAUACAUAGUUCAUAUAUAUAUAUAUAUAUAUAUAUGAACUAUGGCCAUGUACAUUAGUAAGAAUUACUCCCUUCACGAAUUCAGUCGGGAAGGACGUUUUAUUUAUAAUGAAAGUGCUUGUGACUUUGGGAGAUACAACGGCCUGAAUGCAGGUGGUUGUGUAAAAUGACAGGGAGUCCUUACUUUAAAAAAGGGGCAUAAAUGUAUGUUUGGCCAACGAAAUAGCAAGCGCUCUAGACAGAGAGGACUUGCGAUAAGAGAUAUAUCAAAUCUAGGUUGUAAAAAAUAGCGAAUGUGUUUUGAGAAGACCAUCCUGCUUCAAAACAUAUGUCUUAUAAGGACACUCCAUUCGUCCAUGCCCAUGAAGUGGCCAUGCCUCUUGUUGAGUGUGCUUUUACACCAAUUGGGCAAUUUGAACCUUGCGACUCAUAAGACGUUAAACCAUAAAACGAUCCAGUGAGAAAGUCUUUGCUUGGAGAUGGACAUUCCUUUCGUGCAUCCUCCAUAGCACACAAAGAGCUGGUCAGACAGUCUGAACUGGCGAGUGCGCUCAAUGUAUGUGUGUAGCAAAUGCAAGGACUGUUCCUCAUCUGAAUUAAAUGGAUGAGGGAAAAAGGCUUGAAGGUGAACCACCUGCACUCUGAAGGGUGUGGUUAGAACCUUAGCCUUUUCUGGAUUUGACAGUGGCUUUUGAAAGAUCCGGACCAAACUCCAGAAAUGAAUUGUCGACUGACAGUGCUUGCAAAUCACUGACCCGUUUUACUGAGGCCAGAGCCAGCAGUAAUGCCAUCUUAAUAGAAAGCACAUGCAAUUCAGCAGUCCAGAGUCCAGAGGCUCGAAGGGGCCCUGUGAGUGCUUUUAGGACAAAAGCUAGGUCCCAAGUCAGAACUGUAGCCAGGCGAGGGGGAUUCAGCCGCCUCGCUCCCCUAAGGAAUUUUAUUAUUAAAUCAUGUUUUCAUAUAGAGGUGCCGGGUCUGUGAUAUGCAGAUAUAGGUGCCACAAACUUUGAGUAUUGACGGAGUGAGCCCUGCAUCUAAUCGCUCUUGAAAAAAUUUGAGAAUUUCAGGUAAGGGGCAGUUCACUGUGAAAGGCACCAGCUAGUGAACACAUUCCAUUUCAGUGCACAGAGGAGUCUUUGUUGCUCAUAACCGACUGUUAUGUGUAGCAUGCCCAGUUCAGGGGCCACACAUGCAGGUUCCACAGCUAGGGCUGGGAAUGCCAGCUCUUGAGAGAGGAGAUAACUCCUCAGCAGUAUUUCCCCAGAGGGCCAUCCAAAAUCCUUAUAAUUUCUGGAAACCAGGACUGGUUGGGCCACUUCAGUAUAACCAAUAGAAUUGUUCCUUAUCCUCCACUACUUUGUAUAUGACAGAGUGGAGGCAGCACACUGGGAAAUGCAUAUAGAGUCAGUGCGGCACAUGCGCUGGGCCACGGCUUUCAUGGCUUUACUGGCGGCUCGGCUUCUAUGUAACUGGCAGGUUUUUUUCAGCCAGACGCUGGCCAGACACAGAGUGGGAGCGAGCCAGUUGUGACAAAGAAUUGCUCUGUUUUGGCAUAAAAUGUCUCGUAGCUUGUGAGUGUUGUGGAGACGUGACGUUGCGCUCAGCAAAUCUAUCCACAAAGCCACCGAAAAGGCCAGCUGGAAACACCUGAGCAUCAAAUAGAGCCUCUUUUUUUGUGUCAUGCAUUUCCGUGAGGGUCAACCAGAUGUGAUGAUCGAAGACUACCAGGUUGGGGUGGGAUUUCCACAGCCUGCUACUCGCUACUCAAGAUUGGCCACUACCGGCUCACAGGGGGGUAGUUGGGCAUAACUUUUGUCUUCCCCGUGGUCCACUUUUGUGAUGAGAGAGGAAUCACGGUGCGAGCAAGCUGAAUAGGGCGCGCGCCUGGAUUUUUCAGUUUGUUAUGAACUUCCGGGAAGAACGGGGCAGAUCUGCGGAGUACGUUCUCUUGACGGCGUCCGGACAGCAAGAGCAAUUCAUUGCUCUCGUGCCGGCAUGAGGUCCACCUCAAAUUCAUUCUGCUUGACCUCUUGGUCCCGUCGUGCUGCCUUGUGUGAUCCCUCUGGAGUGGGAGUGGCUGGGAGGGCACGGGAGGCUGAAUCGUCCCUCAGAACAAAGGCUAUUCACGAGCAAAUCGUCUUGAUACUCAUGCCCUCACAGUGUGACCCUUCAUGACAGCUGUCUCUGCAUGGGCGCAGCCCAGACAGUGAAUGCAGCGCUCAUGAUGAUCAGAAAGCGGAAUGACAUCUUACGUAAUGACAUUCAAAAGAUGCAAACACGCAAGUGGCUCUUUUGCUGUGAAGAUCCCGCCCACUGAAUCGUGUAUGUCGACGGCAAAGUAGUAGAAGUCUUCUAGACAAGAGAUAAAUCGCUGUCUUGAAGGAAGAAAAUUCUGAGGAAUGUUGUUUGUGGGUUAUACCGGGCAGCUUCACACCCGAAAGGGCGGGGCUUAAACACCAUAGCCAAUCCUUGUAGCCAAUAUUGUAGAAAGGAUUCAACUAGGUCGUGUAGAAGGACACUCCCAAUUGCAUCAGCUUUGUGACGCAAUGUCAAGUGGACUGAAUCGUAAGGGAACUGUGGAUUAUACUUGAUACUGUAAGUAAAUUCUUACAGCCUCUUAAAGUUUAACUGUUUCCUCAUCUCAUGAAAUGGAGCCAGAAAUCAAACACUUUACUUGCUUAAAAAAAAUCAAUGGAAUUUUUCAAAGAAGACCAAAUAAUAAUCAAAAUGUUGCAAAAAUCAUCUCUGCAUAGAAAGAAUUGCUAGAAAGGAAAAAUGAUUAGCUGAAGUUGGAUUAAGAUGAGAAAUAGUUAAAUAUGACUCUUCUCUACUCAGCUGGGUUUUUACUUGAACUUUGCUGUAAAUUUUGCUGUAGCUUUUUUAUGUUUUCAUUGAACCCCAAGUUGCCAUUGUUUUUGUUUUUUUUGGCAAAAUGUGAGAGAUUACAAGCACUUAGUAAGAGAGGACAGUGAAAUGAAGGGCUUUUAGCAUAAAUAGUUCAAUUUAUUUUGUCUAUUAAUCAAACAAGAAGAAGGUCAAUCAAUAGUACCAGGAUAUGAGAAACUACCAAUCAAAAUAUAGGAGAAAAUUUCACCUCAUUUAACAGCUGCACAGUCUUAGUUUAAAUGCACACAAUAAAGUAUACAUUGUAGAUUUUUAUAUGCUUAUUUUAAUAAUUAUUUAGUUUAGCUUCUUAUAAUUGACCAGAUUAAACCACUAUGGUAUAAUUAGAUCUUAAGUGAUUUUCAAUGUAGUGACCACCGAUAAAAAUAGGAUAUUAUGAAAGGUAGAGUUUUUAUUUAAAUCAAUAUAGGCUAAACUUGAUCAUUCAGCCAAUGCCUUAACCACAGCAUAGCAUUAUACAGUUAUAGCAUUCAUAAUUUUAACAACACAUACAUCUUGUGCUCAUAUUAACAUAAUAAUAAUAAUAAUUUUUGAUAAUUGAUCAUUUUUUAUCAAUUUAAGAACAAUUUGCUGCACAAAGCAUUUGAGGUAAUAUUUCUAGAUUUUGUAUUGCCUGAGGGUUAUGUCUGAUGUAUGUGGCAUUGGGCAAAAUAAAGAUACAUUCUUUAAAAUAAUGCUUUUCUAGAAAUAAUUACAGCAAUAUAUAAGUAUAAUAGAGGCGCUGCUACUUUCAUUCAAUUUGAAUCUAUCAUGCUUUGGCAAGAUCCAGCCUUGGAUUACUGGUCCCUGCGCUAAAACACUAAAUCACUGUCAACACCAUGUGAAACUACAGUACAGAGAGCGAAUGAGACUUGAUCAGCUUCACCAGAUAUGUGUGGCUUACUAGUAAUGUCUUCUUAAUCUUCACUGUGAUUGUAGAAUGUUUACUGUAACUGCAGGUUUCUCAGGUCAAACAUAUUGAAUCCAAAUGAGAGAAAAAAAUGUCUUACUUGCACCCCAGCACACUGUCAAUGUCUUAAUCUCAUGGUUUUUUGAUGCUCUUUUCAUUCAAGCAUUUUCAAAGGAGACAAAUGGUCAUGAUCUUAUAUAGAGUGCUGUUUUGGGAGGUCUUUUUACUGUAUUUUAUAUUACAAUGACAAUGAUACGCUGUAAUGUUCCCUGAUGAGUAAUCUUUGCUCAUUUUGUAGAAAUCAGGUGCCAAGGAUUAAUCAGCAGUUUGCAUACAUCAAUAAAUGUGCCAUUCAUUUUUAACUUCUGUAAAAUCUGAAAAAUAGAGAUGUCAAUCUUCAAUAAAGUUUACAUUUUGUUACUG